AUGUCGAUUGCCAAGAUCCCUCUCAUCUGCAUCUUAACAUUUACUUUCAAUGCUAUGUUUACCGCUCCAAACCCUGCACCUGCAAAGGAAGAUUUGGUAGCUAGCUCCAAAAUUGAUUGGAUAGCCGGCAGGAAUUUCAUAGUUGAGAUGUCAAGGCUUGCACAGACAGUUCUCGGUGCUGUUGAGAUUAUCUCAAUAAUCGCCAAUGCAUAUCCCUCGUCGCCUUUGUCACAGCAGAUACUAUACCUCUGCUAUUUCCACAAAAGAAACCCCAGCAACCUCAAGCUCUACCCGUUGAGCUACCUCGCGGCGUUCCUUUGGAUAUGCGGAUAUUUAAUGAGGAUGCACACCUACCAGGAUCUAGGCCGUUUCUUCCGCUAUGACAUCAGUAUUCAAAAAGACCAUGAACUCGUAACAACAGGUCUUUACGCUUAUGUCCGACAUCCCAGCUACAGCGGUAUCGUGCUAGCCGACCUUGGAUGGGGCUUGUGGUAUGGGACGAAAGGAUCCUGGAUCAGGGAGUCUGCGCUUCUGGACUCCGCGGGAGGACGCAUUGCCCUCGCCACAUUUGUCAUAUUUUUUGUUAUCCCAAUUCCCGCCAUGACGCUUUCAAGGAUGCCAAAUGAAGAUAGGGCGUUGAAGAAGAGAUUUGGAAAGAAAUGGGAUGAAUGGGCAAGCAAAGUGCCUUAUCGGCUGAUACCAGGAAUAUACUAA